AUGGCAUAAUUUAUCGAAUAUUUAAUUGAAAUAGGUAUAAUUACUAACAAAUCAAAAAUAUCAACUAACAACAUGAUGUUUGAAUUAUCUGAUUAUUUAAAAAAUCUCACUGCUUCAGAUUCAUUUGAUAUGGCCAACAGAAUAUAUGAUAGUUGGAAAUUAAAAUAAAAUACAAAAUAAAACCCCAAAUCCUUAAUAAGAUUAAUAACAAAAAUGUUAUAUGCAAAGCCAUUUAAAAUAUUGUAUUCUCAUUCAAAUUCUUAAAAGAUUUUGAACAAUUUCUAAUAAUUAAGUAUCUCAUAAAAAUCUCCCAGCAAUCAACAAAUAUAAUAUUAAUCUCCUGUAAAUAAAUAAACACUAAAUUCAAUGGGUUUAAAUGAUACAUGUGAGAGAUUAUAUUAAGAUGGAAUAGCUUAGAAAGUAAAAAAGUAAGUAUUUUCCUAACUGACAUAGAGAAUAUUUAGAGCAAGAGUAAUGCAAAUAAGAAUUAAGAGAUUGUACAUUUAAGCCCUAAAUAACAUCAGAUAAUAUAGGUUCUAAUGAAACUGAAGUAUUUGAUCGUUUAUAUAAAACUUAACUUGCCAGCAAGAAUGAUUUUUCAGAAAUUAAAUAGAAACAAGAAGUUAGUUAAUGUACAUUCACUCCUUAAAUUAAUAAACAAUCAUCAAUGUCUAAUUAUUAACCUUUAGAAUAAAUUUUUGAUAGAUUAUUUUAAGAAUCUAUAAAUAGAAACAAUAUGAAAUUAAGUCUAGCGCCAACCAGUGAAGAAAGAGAGCUUUAAUCAUGUACUUUUAAACCUUAAAUAUCCUCAAGAUAAUUAGAUCGAAGUGGAGAUGAUAGUAAUCGAUUAUUAUAUUUUAUUUAGUCUUUUUGAGAUUGCAUAACGAAUCAGCUGAAAAAUAGUAAAUAAAAGCAUUUUAAAAAAUUGAAUCAGAAGCAAAAGAACUAGAAAGCUGUACAUUCAAACCUAAAAUCAAGAAUUAUUCUAAUUUUUCUCCUAGUUCUUAACCUGCUUUUGAUCGAUUAUAUAUGUUAUCUUCUAAAUCUAGAUAAAUUGGGUUGGAGGAGAAUCAAAAAAGAUAAAAGACUAAUCCUAAAACUAAAGAACAUAGUGUUGGAAAUAAUGAAUCUCUUUAUGAAAGAAUGAAAAACCAUGUUAAUAAAAGGAAGCGAACUUUAAAUUUAAUAUAAUAAGAAUAUGACAAAGAGUUAACAUUCAAACCGAAUUUAAAUUUGAGACAAGGAAAUCUAUAAAGUAGGUUAGAAAGUAGAAAUUAAUCUAUAAUUUCUGUAAAAUCAGAGACAAAAUUAAAAUAACACCUUAACACAUCUUAAACAUAGUAGACUAGAUUGUACAAUACAAGAAAAUCAUAAUAAGAUAAAGAGAAUGACAAUCAAUCAAUGUUUACUGAGACUGCACAUUUUAAAAAUGAUUUUUAACAAAAGCAAAGUGUUUAAGAUUUAAAAAUAUGA